AUGAGUACCCCCAGUUUGACUUCCAGCACGGGGAAAAAUGGCAAAUGUGCCGAGAAAUCGACAUCCAAAUCGUCCACUAUGAAAUUAAGUCCCGGAAUGACACGGGCUGGUAAAUCUCCGGGUGCUAUGAACGGGACAAAAGCUUGUGCGAAGAAAUCAUUUGUGUGGAAAUAUUUUCGACAUCCGGAAAUGGCUGGAGGUUUGACCGACCGGAGUCGAACACAAUGUGUUCUGUGUGAUAGUCAGUUGGCAUUUAACGCUUCCGGGACAACGACCACAAUGCUCAAUCAUUUGAAAAGUCGGCAUGGUGAUGUGGCGGAACAAGAGGAAACCGCACGUCGACAUGUACGUCCGUGCAAGUCGACAUCGGCGAGCACAAUGGACUUGCUUGGCUCAACAGACUCCUCAGAAGCACAUGGACGGGGUUCUUUUGGUCGUACCUUAUCCGGAGUCACGGCCGGACGUCUGGCUCGAAGCCCACUCACAAUUGGUCAACGUGGACGUCCUCCCGGACCGAAUCGACGUACAAAAUGUUCGAAAAUGUCCGAUUCUACCGACUACCUACAGUACUCUGGCAUGUUACAACCGGGUCAAAUAAAACCGGAAAAUACUCCCCUAUUUCCAGUGAGUGCUCGUUCUGUUUUGCGCGCAUAA